UAUUUCGGCGACAUCUCAACAUGUUGGAACAUGUUUCUGUGACGUCACAUGUUUUGGUUUGCCAGAAAAAUGCUUAAGAAUUAUUUAGCAUGGCGGCCAGAGCAGAGGUGGUCAAAGAGGAUGUUGGCUCUUUCAUACCUGCGAGCCAGCGUCCUGAUGGCAGCUGGCGCAAGCCAAGGCGCGUCAAGGAGGGCUACGUUCCUCAGGAAGAAGUGCCACUGUACGAGAGCAAAGGCAAACAGUUUGCUAAGAAUAAACCGAUCUACCCUGUUGGAAUGAGUGCAGAAGUGGCACAGUCCCUGAAGGCAGAACGGGCUGUGCGGUCGGCGAAUAACCCCAUCCCAGGACUGACCAUCGACCCUGCUGCGGAAGCCAAAAAGAAAAAAAACAAGAAAAAGGCCAACAGCAGCGACGUCGCCACAAUCGUAGGUGUGUUGAGUAAAACUCAAAUCAACUUUCCGACUGCGAGCAGUGGUAGUUCGAAAACAACUGCAAAAGCCCCCCAAGCUCAAGCAGCAGAGGGUGCGACAGAUCAAGACAAGAAGUUGAGAAAUAUGAAGAAGAGACUCCGUGAAAUCGUGGCCCUUGAACAAAAGGCGAACGCGGGAGAAGUGAAACUAGACAAGGAACAGAUCGAAAAGCUCAAUAGGAAGAGCACCUUGAUGGAGCAAAUUGCAGAGCUAGAAGCCGAGCUGAACUCAUAAUGAAUUCGUGUAAUAAAUUUUAUUUACACUCUUUGAACUUUUUAA